AUGCGGAAAACUAGGCGAGGCCCUUUGGCUCUGCUGGUGGCAGGACAGCCUGUCCACCCUCGAUCCUCCGCUGUCAACGUGACAGUGAACUCUGCCCUUCCACGGGCGCCCGGCAGGCUGCUGGGAGGAGACGGUCGUCAGUUUGGGAACCCAGACUCCUUGACUCGACCCCCUAUAAAAGCAAGCAGUUCUUCAACUUACUUUCUUCAAGAGAAUCUAAAAAAGGAAAAAGCAAAGGCUUAUGACAGUAAUGAACCCGAGAAACCAGCAGGGCAUCAGCCGAACAUUUAUACACCGUUAAAAGAAAGAAAGGCUGACUUCCUGGAGAAAAAUCAAGAGCAUCACUCAACUACGUCACAGAGCAGAAGUAAAUUUCGAGAUCAGUCCAGUAAAGAGAAGCAGUCACAGCCUUUGGCCAAAAAUGAUGGUGAAUCGCAGAGUGGAUUUCACAAGAGCUGGACUUUGUUACUGGUUCUGUUAAUUAGUGUCCCACUGCUUUAUAUCCUGUGGAGUGGUAUACCAAGUCUUCUGAAUGCAACUUUGUCCAGUAGAGAUACUCAAAUUCUGCAAGCAUUUCGGGCCCAGAUGAAGAAACUAAAGAAUACUUAUCAAAGUCAGGACCCUAACCUGUGGAAGAGAACCCACGUGUUCCUUGAGAAACACCUUAAUGCUUCCCAUCUGCAUUUGGAGCCAGCCAUCUUACUGUUCACAGCUGGCCAAGAAGCUGAGAAAGCACUGAAGUGCCUAAGCAACGAGAUUGCCGAUGCUUUUGCCUUCUCCCAGAAUGCUACUACAAUCAAAAUUAAUGGAGCAGACAAAGCCAUAUUGGAUAGUGACGUUGUCAAGCUGGAGGUAGAUAAUGAGCUCAGCUCUGGGUUCAGAGAAGGCAAGAAGGUAGCAGUGGUGCAUCGAUUUGAGUUACUGCCUGCAGGCUCCACCUUAAUCUUUUAUAAGUACUGUGACCAUGAAAACGCAGCAUUUAAGGAUGUGGCUCUUCUCCUGACAGUUCUCCUGGAUGAGCAGUCGCUGAGAAAGAGCCUCACCUUGCAAGAAGUUGAGGAGAAAGUCCGGGAUUUCCUCUGGGCAAAGUUUACUGGUUCAGAUGCUCCUAGUUCUUAUAAUAGCAUGGACACAGAUAAGCUGAGUGGACUGUGGAGCCGUAUAUCUCAUCUUGUAUUGCCUGUAUGGCCUGAAAAGGGCCUCCCUGUGGAGGGAUGCACAUAAAGGUUAUGAGAGAGGACUUGGGAAAGGAGGAAGACAGAAAACGUAUGUUGCAAUGGCUGAUCAGGGAAGAACUUACUGUGGCUGCUGAGCUUGGAGAGCAUACAGUCCUUUCUGUGCAGAGAAAUUCCACCAACUGGCAGGGUUGUUCCUGCUAAAGUAACUGGGACUUCUCU